CAAGAUGCUAGUUGUUUGAUGUGAAAGGUUCCAAGUCACUUCCCACUCACUCCCCUAAGCAAGAAAUGAGUUGAAAGUGGCAACCAAAAUGAUGCAGCGUCCCUUCUGGCGUAUUACAUGUGCCACUCCCACUCCCACAUUAUUGCUCACCUCUGGUCUCUGGAUAUUGCAUACAGAAUUCAGAUCAGUGUUUAAUCAUUACAGUAAGAGACUGAGCAGGUUUCUUGGAGCGAAUGAAGCUAGAAAAGCUUUUGUUGCACCCCAGCAAUUUAUGAUAUCCCUUGUAUUAAGUUAUGGCUUUGCCUGAGGACAAAGACCCAGUUACAGGGUAGAGGCUACUUGAUGACUUGAGGUGUUGAUCUUUCAGGGCUCAUUUCACACGUCAACGCCGAUGUAACUGAGCCUUUGAUGACUGCUUCCGUGGCAUUUACAUGGGACACACCUGAAGGAACCGAGAAACAGAGAAAGCCGAAGGCUGGAGAUGAUCGCCGAUGCCAUGCCCUUUCAUGUACGGCUUGGGAAGCAGAACUUCGUGGUGGGCAUCAGCGUGGUCUUUCUUGUCAGCUUCACUCUUUCCCUGUUAGAGAGAGUAAAGAGAAAGGAGACUAAAUUUGAACAAGGUAGAUGCCGGGAACUGAAUUUGUUAUUUCAGGAGAGGAAUCUGUCUGGGAUCGUCAAUUUUCAGAAGACAGACAAUGAGAAAAAGAAGCUCCUUGUGAUCAAUAACUGGAAACUCCAGGAGACAGAAACGAGAAUAAUGGAACACCUGAUUCUUACCCAAAAAUGCCGCUGGGAGCCCAGUCCUACAGCAGUUGCGCAAUUCAGGGCACAGCUGAAGCAAUGCUGCAAUGCUUCCUUUCGCUUAGUGACGACCAAGGAGAACACACGACUGGGGUCAUACAUCAUCUUCGAUGGGAGCCCAACUCACAAACUGCGUGUGGAUACUAAGCUGUUGGAUCUGUUGCCGGAGAAAUCACCCUUUGCGGACACUUCUUAUAGGAAGUGUGCAGUGGUUGGCAAUGGAGGCAUCCUAUUCAACAGCUCCUGUGGGCAGCAGAUUGAUCGGGCAGAUCUAGUAAUCAGGUUCAACCUGCCUCCCAUGAACUUCUCUGAAGAUAUGGGAACAAAGACAAGCCUGGUGACCAUCAACCCCAGCAUCCUUCAGAAUAGAUUCAAGUUCUUGCAGGAACGGCGGAAAUCCUUUCUAGAAGCCAUUCACUCUUACGGCGAUGCCACCUUCCUUCUCCCUGCUUUAUCCUUUGUGGGAGACAACGUUCUGGGCUACCGUGUGCUGUACACCUUGGAGGACUUUGGCCUGGAGCAUCAGGCUCUCUUCCUGAACCCACAGUAUUUGCACAACCUGGCUAACUUCUGGAAGAAAAGGGGCUUGGAGACAAACCGGCUUUCCUCUGGCUUCAUGUUGGUUAGCAUGGCUUUGGAGUUCUGCCAGCACAUCACCCUCUAUGGUUUCUGGCCCUUCUCAUAUGACUUGAACAAUCAAUCCAUUCCUCACCACUACUAUGAUAACGUGUUGCCCAAACCCGGGAUACAUGCCAUGCCCACAGAGUUCUCGUAUUAUCUCAGCAUGUAUGCUGAAGGUGUCCUGCGGUUACAAGUGGGCAAGUGUCAGUGACAGCUUUAUGCCUGGGUUGGAAUUAUCUUCUAAACCAGAUGUGGUCAACCGUGGAAGGCCAAGGCGCCAUCUUAACGCCCUAGAAGACUUUAAACUGGUGCUCUUCAACCAUACCCAGAAAUAAAUUGCCCAUAAAUUCCUUCUAGGAUCUAUGGGUGGCAUUUUUGUCACUCCCCAUUCAUUUCUAAGAAAUGGUUCAGGGCGCAUGAAAUGUGACAAAAAUCCCUCCCCCUCACCUUCUAGAUGGCCUUUGGGGAAAAUAUAAGUUAGGACAUUUUCUAUGUUUGUUUUCCUUGAAAUAAUAACAAUAACAACAACAAUAAUAAUUUUAAUUCUUACCCGCCGGGUCAUGGCUUAAGAGGG